AUGGCGUCCGUGCAGAGCGUUUGCAUGAGCGGGGAAGGAGAGACGAGCUACGCCAAGAACUCCGCUAUUCAGAGUGGCGUGCAGAGCAGAGUGAAGCCUCUGGUCGAGGAGGCCAUCUCGGACCUGUGUAGAUCAGCCGUGCCGGGCUGCCUCCGGGUAGCAGACCUGGGGUGCUCGUCGGGGCCGAACGCGCUGGCGCUGGCGUCGGCCGCCGUUGACGCCGUGCGGCGCCAGCCGCACUGGGCGGAGCGGUGCCGGGAGAUCUGCGUGUACCUCAACGACCUCCCGGAGAACGACUUCAACACCGUGUUCAAGGACGUGCCGUCGUCCCUGCGGGGGUACGGGGGAGUGGACAGGGACAGCGGCCUGCUCGUCAUGGUGUUCGGUGCCCCGGGGUCGUUCUACGGCCGGCUCUUCCCCGCCAAGACGCUGCACUUGGUCUGCUCCUCCUUCAGCCUCCACUGGCUCUCCCAGGUUCCGCAAGAACUGGUGGACGGAGUGCUGAUAAACAAGGGCAGCGUGUCGGCGGGGAGAACGAGCACGCCGGCCGUCACCGCAGCCUACGCCCGGCAAUUCGAGCAGGAUUUCAAGCGCUUUCUGGGGUCACGGGCCGAAGAAAUGGUGCCCGGCGGAUGGAUGGUACUCUCCCUCUACGGUAGACCUGCAAAUGAUUUCUCCAGUCAAGACCGCUACCCGGAGUUCAUCGCCGAGAUCCUACAAGACUUAGCAUCCCAGGGGGUGAUCGCAGCGGCGGAGGUGGACUCGUUCAACGAGCCGUUCUACAGCCCUUGCCAGGAGGAGCUCCGCGGCGCCGUGGAGCAGGAGGGCUCCUUCGAGAUCGUCGGUCUGGAGAGCCACGAUUUCCUGGAGAGAGGGCCCCGGGGAGACGCCGAGAGGAGCAAGGCCAUGGCGAGGUUCCUGCGCGUGCUGGACGAGUGGCUGCUCGUCCGGCACUUCCGUGUCGACGGCAUUGGUGACGCCUACGCCAGGGCGGCGGAGGAGCGGUACAUGGGCCCGGCCGCGGAGGAGGACAUGACGGGCGUCGUUCUGAUCCUUUCCCUCCGGAGGAGAAAAUAG